AUGGCAACCAAUUCUUCGACAGGACAAACACCCAAAGCCGGCCCUACGCUAUGGCAGCGUACCAAAGGCUACUCAAACACAGCCUAUGAAAAGGGUCUCAAACCAGGAUGGAACAAGGCAUACGCAGUUGUCGACAAGCUCGGCGCCCCCGUCAAUCGAUUCUCCAAUCGAGUUGGCGCAGAGGCUUUUUGGCCUACUACGCUGGACAAGGAAUCUGAAAAGGCUGCUCGAAUUCUAAGAGGCUUUGCUAAGGAUGGCUUCUAUGAGGAAGUCGAUCAAAAACAGGCACAGAAGAUAGCCGAUCGAGAGGCCACCGCAGACGGAAUCCCUCAAGGAAAACAGAGAGUGAUAAAGAAAAUCCCUACCAAAGUCAUCCAGGAAUGCGUCGGGUUGGCUAUAUUCACCACCAUGCGGACAGGGUGGGUAAUUGGCGGAUCCGGCGGCGCAGGUGUUCUCGUUGCAAGACACCCAGAAACCCGCGAAUGGAGUCCCCCCAGCGGUAUCCAUAUUCAGAACCUGUCCUUUGGAUUUCUUGUUGGUGUCGACAUCUACGACGCUGUUCUGGUCAUCAACACGUACAAGGCCUUAGAAGCCUUCACAAAAGUGAGAUGUACUCUGGGCGCCGAGGUCGGCGUUGCUGCCGGCCCCGUGGGAAUGGGCGGCACCCUUGACACAGAAGUCGUCAAACGACAGGCACCUAUCUGGUCCUACGUCAAGUCCCGUGGCUUUUAUGCCGGUGUGGCCAUGGAAGGUCAGCUAGUAAUAGAAAGAACCGACGAAAAUGAGCGCUUCUAUGGCGAGAGGGUUGGUGUUUCAGAUAUCCUCGUGGGAAAACUGCGACAUCCUCCAGUCGCUCAGUAUCAGGUCCUUCUCGACACCCUCAAAGCCGCUCAAGGAGACGAAGUGGACGACGCCUUGCUCCCCGAUGGAGUUGCUCCCAGCGAUAUGGAACUGAUCUCUGACACAUCUACCUUUGGUAUACCUGCUGAGGACGACCCGGACCCAUUUGGCGUCAAAGCCCUCGAAGCCGAAGGAUUAAACAUCAGAGAGGCUGGUACGCAUCAGAGACCGAGUGCCGAGGCCUUUGAAUUCAGGCCCUCACCUACAAGUCCCAUUUACUCUCAUUUUAACAGGCAAAGUGUCGAUGGAUCUGUUAGAAGUCGGAAGUGGCGAGAUAGCACCAAUAGUCUGGCAAGCAUUGACAGGGGAACACAGACAGACGAGGACGAGAAGACGAAAUCCACAGAUCACAGCCCCAGACGAGAUGAGAAGAGGACGACCGAAGCUCCACGCAAGCACAGCCAGCUUGUCAAUGAGGACGAUGAUCAAGGGAACGACCGAAGCGAGUCUUUCUCUGAUGUUGACUCGGACGCUGAAAUCUCUACGGCAGUGCCAGUCAUGGCCAAGGCAAGGAUGGUGGAUGUUCCCAAACGACCACCGCCAGCACUGCCACCUCGCAAUCCCGAAAGGGUGGUGUCUCCUGUUGCUGUGACAGAGCAUCCUUCUGAUGGCUUUGAUCGGAUUUCUCUGAAUGCUGGUGACGAGCGUAAUAGUCGUGAUGGUGGACGGACCUCCUCACCUGCUCGUUCCUUCCAUUCCGUUCCUGGAACCCCGAACGAAGAGAAGAAGCCGAAUGAACAACCUGGGUCAUUCAACUAG